ACGGAGGCAGUCCAUUGGCUGACCACCAAUUUCAUCAAUAGAACAAUCUUGGCGCACGUCAAGGACGGCAGAGCUUUCUUGGGAACCUUGAUCUGUCUCGACCCUCAGCGCAAUCUGAUCCUUACAGACGCGGAAGAGCUGCGUCUAGCCUCAUCAAGUGAUGCCUCUGAGCACUUCGACCAUGCACCUAAGCUGCGCGAGGCUCCCCAAACGAGAUGGGUUGGCAUGGUGAUGGUACCAGGAAAGAAGAUGACCCGAUUAGAGGUA